AUGGAGCGGCAACCUGGUGCGCAUGGACGACGAGCGACUACCCAAACGACUCUUCUACGGAGACGUCGCGACGAGUUCUCGAGGUCAAGGAGGUCAUAUUCGCCGAUACAAGGAUACUCUGAAGUCCUCCCUGAAGCGUCUACAAAUCAACCCGACCAACUGGGAAGAGCUUGCUCCCGAUCGUCCGACAUGGAGGAGGACAGCGAAAAGAGGCACAGCGAUCUACAAAUCCAACCGCAUCGCUGCCGCCAAAGUGAAACGCGAAACGCGCAAAUAACAACUUCGCCCUGUACGCAACGCCGACGCACAACAGCUUCCAACGUGUUCUCGAUGUCAACGGACAUUCCAGCUCGAAUCGGACAUGUUGGACAUCUUUGGAUCAACUGCGCCUCUCGAACUGCACUAACCAUCGUCCCCCAGCCUGCCUCUUCUUCGGCCUCUCAGCCGCCAAGUAACUCUGACAAUUCUUCUGAACCGCCACUACCAUUCUCCUCCUCCUUCUCCUCCACUGCCCAACGACGGCCGCUCAGGCGGCCGUCUCGCACAUCACCAAACCUGACACAACAACUGACACCACCCUCACUUCCUCCGACUCCAGUGAUGCGGAUCAGGACUACGCCUGCCCUCACUGCGACCGCGCCUUCACCUCACACAUCGGCCUGGUCGGUCACAUGCGAAUCGGUCGCACAGAGACUGGCGAACCAGUGCAUGGAACACCAACCUACGCCACCCGCACCCGCCUCCAUUGCCAACACUGCCCUCGCACCUUCACGCAUCGCACGGGUCUAUUCGGCCAUAUGCGCAUCCACGACGACCUUCAGUAGACGACCGCCGGCUACACCACACCACAACACCCUCCCGCCCUGCCUCCUCCUCUUCUACCACCACCACACAUCAACACCCACCUACCGCAAGCACCCAACUGCCACCUCCCACGCAAGUGGAAAGUGUGCAUCUCGACUCGGUCCUCAUGCGGCCCCGACUCCACGGGUGACUUUAGUCCGAGACUAUCCCGAUACGUCAAGCGUCGUGGAUAGGAAUGUUGCUGAUUGA